AUGCCAGAGCAACCGCGCGAAAGCGAUCAUCACCAUGACGAGGAAGGCGAAGACGUCUUCCUUGACGCCGCAGACGCCGCCGAAGAAAUCAUCCCCGAUGAAGAUCAACACAUGGAGGACGCCUCCGACGAAGACGAGGAUUUAGAAAUAACUCUCCAAAACGAUUCCACUGCCCACUUCGACAAGCACACAGACUCUAUCUUCUGCAUCGCGCAGCACCCCAUACAUACGUCCAUCGUGGUUACAGGUUCUGGUGAUGAUACGGCAUACAUGUUCGAUUCGACGCCUACGGAUGAUAGACCUUUAUUACCCACAAGCUAUGAGACGACACCGCAGCCUAGGAAGGAAAGAGAGUCACUUGAGCCAAUUUUGCGGCUGGAUGGGCAUACUGAUUCUGUAAAUGCAGUUUGUUUUACGGAACCUGCAGGCGAGUACAUGCUUACGGCGGGGCUGGAUGGGAAACUGAGAGCGUGGAGGGAUACGAGCGCUUCGUUAACAGGAAAGUCGUGGGAAUUCCUGGCAGAGGUCCAAGAGGUGGAAGAGAUCAAUUGGCUGGCGGUCUACCCCGUGUCGCAAAGCGGGAAUGAGGAGAAACGGAAUGUGGUAGCGUUGGGCGCGAAUGACGGCAGUGUAUGGGUAUAUCGGGUCGAUAAGCAGGAUCGAGAGGCGCCACUUUAUAUGCUGGCGUCGUUUUUUCAGCAUACAGCUUCUUGUACUGCUGGUGCGUGGUCGCCUGACGGGAAUCUACUGGCUACAGUUUCGGAAGAUGCAAGCUUCUAUGUGUAUGAUGUCUUUGGUGCGGCCGCUGCUGCUGGCACCGCUUCAUCUGCAGGUACACAGACUGUGGUGGGUUUGACAGCGCAAGACCAGAGAUUUGCCGUUGACGGUGGAUUAUACUCUGUUGCUAUAGCUCCUUCUGGGACAUUUGCCGUCGUUGGUGGAGCUGAAGGACAUAUCAAAGUUGUCGGACUUCCGCGUGUGUCAUCAGAUUCCAAUCAGACUUCAAGACAAAAAUCGAAAUCUAAAGCUGGUGGAGCAGCUCCCUCGGCUGGUGGUGGCGCAGGGACACUUCUAGCGUCUCUCCAAGCGCAAUCGGAUGGUAUCGAAACCGUCUCAUUUUCCUCGCCUCCCCUUAACUUACUUGCUGCCGGUUCCGUGGACGGCUCGAUAGUUCUGUUUGAUGUGGCGCAUCGAUUCGCUAUUAGACGUCAUAUUCGAGGUGCUCACGGAGAGUCGGCGGUAGUUAAGGUCGACUUUGUUCGCGACGGUGAAGCUUCAACACAGAGACCUACUGGCCCGGCAUCCACAACGUCGGGUAGACCGUGGUUACUGACUUCGGUGGGCAUGGACGGUGUGGUACGACGAUGGGAUACGCGUGGUGGAACUGCUGCUGCUGGAUAUGGUCUUCUCAAAGAAUGGAGAGGUCACGCGGGGAUCAGUGAGAACGAGGACGGCGAACAAUCCGGGGGCAUUCUAGGAUUCGUGCAUGGGGACCAAGGAGGGAAAAGAAUAGUAACAGCUGGCGAUGAUGGAGUUGCGUUGGUUUUUGAGGAGUAA